CGUAAAAUUUAAAACUUUUCAAACACUUUUAUUUAUCAUAAUAAUAUUUUUCAUAUCAUAAACAGUACAGAGUUUUCAAUAUUGCGGAAGCUUAACAAAUCAUAAUCACAAACAUAAUUUAUUUAUAUUCUUUCGUUCAAAACCAUCACAUCCAUUCCGACUAUCUCGCCUCCGUCUGCCUCCAGGAUCACGUCACAUCAAUCUAUUGACCUGCGUGUAGCAAAUAAAACACACUACACGCUCAGCGGUGAAGCUGAGGUAUGUUUUGGGGCGUUACAUGACUGCUGAGUUAAAAACUUGGCCUUUGGUCUGUUGGUGGGUUGUGCGGUGUGUAUGAAGUUUGCGAUGCGUAAUUGUGUGUGAGAUGUAUUUGGUUUUCAUGGUCAGGUUUGAUCCUUGCUGUAGCAGCGAAAACUUGCCGUGAAAGCCUUUUCAAUUUGGUGGGUUCCGCCUUUUUCUGCAAUGGUUUCCUUUGUUCUGUACCCUUUCGGUGGCAUCCUUACGUUCGAACUGCUGAGUUCUGUCGUGUGUCUGCUCGUGUGGGAACCAAAGGGUUGGCAUUCGAUUGACGCCAUGGCACCGCUUGUGGUACACUAUCUAUUGUCUCUUUUCCGGAAAAGUUUUGGCCCAUUGGUUGUUGUUGAGUACUCGGGUUUGGGUUCCCUGGUUCAUUAUCGGCUUCACCUUCACUUCUGUGAUUGUGUUUCCCUCUGUAUGACCGCCUAUGAUGUGUUGAGUUCACUUUCGGUUUUGGCGUGUCAAG